AUGACUAAUGAGGACAGCCUUGUUGCCGGGACAUCAGAAGGAAUUGUGGUCCAGUUCCAGUUCGUCUCUAUGGUUUUGGGAAAGGAUGACAAAGAAUGUGUCAGAACCAGAACAUUUAAGAACCCCACGCAUGACAUCAGAGCUGUGGCAGAGAUCGCGACGGCUGUGGUGUCAGGAGGUAUGGAUGCACAGCUGGUUGUGAGACCUUUAUUAGACAAGAUCGAAGUGAGGUCAGUGGCCUCGGCUUUGAGAAAGAUUCACUUUCCACAUCCUCUGCCUGAUGAAAAAACUCAGUUCUACAAUCAGCUACAAUCAAGAGCCUCACAGAGGAACAAAGGAAAUCUCACAGCCAUGCAUUCAAAGUCUGCAAGACCUUCAAGGUGUGACAUCCUGUGUGUUGAGCUGAUGCCGGAUCAGUCUCUGGUUGUGGUUGAGCGCCCUCUAGAGGACAUCGCCACUCAGUUGCCUGCACCCAUCAAACAAAAGAAAUUUGCCACAUGA